AUGGGAUUAUGGGAAGCUUUUCUCAAUUGGCUACGAAGUCUCUUUUUUAAGCAAGAAAUGGAGCUGUCUCUGAUAGGACUUCAGAAUGCUGGGAAAACUUCUCUUGUAAAUGUUGUUGCAACUGGUGGAUACAGCGAAGACAUGAUCCCAACGGUUGGAUUUAAUAUGAGGAAGGUUACAAAAGGCAAUGUCACAAUAAAGCUGUGGGACCUUGGAGGUCAACCAAGGUUCCGCAGUAUGUGGGAGAGAUAUUGUCGUGCAGUUUCAGCUAUUGUAUAUGUCGUGGAUGCUGCUGAUUAUGAUAAUUUAUCUGUCUCAAGAAGUGAACUUCAUGAUCUUUUGAGUAAACCCUCACUGAGUGGUAUCCCUUUGUUGGUACUUGGAAAUAAGAUUGACAAACCAGGAGCCUUGUCUAAGGAGGAUUUUAUGGAACAAAUGGGGCUUAAGUCCAUCACCGACAGAGAAGUAUGCUGCUACAUGAUCUCAUGCAAGAACUCAACCAACAUUGAUACAGUUAUUGACUGGCUUGUAAAACAUUCAAAAUCGAAGAAUUGA